AUGCCACUUGAGCUGCUUCCAAUUCUCCAUGUCGCGGCCUUAGCGAUAAAGGUGGCAAGGGAACAGAUUCCGGUGCUGCAGGCUCAUAAAGAACGUUGUACUCUUCUUAUCAACCGGAGUGACAGGCUUUUAGUGGAAAUUUCUGCCCAAUACGAAAAUGGCGGAACAUCGAUAAUCCAACCAAAAAUUAGUAUUCUCGAAAGUGCGUGCAUUUCUGUAAGAGAUACGGUGAGGGAACUCUCAGGGAAAGGACUUGCGUGGCGUUUGCUGCAUCAGGAGCAAAUGGAAAAGGCUAUUAUGGCAUCAGAAGCAAAGUUGAAUGAUGCAUGUAACGUCUUUCAAGUCGGAGCCCACAUUUCCAUUGGAGAGAUGCAGGCAGCAAUAGCUGAAGCUGCCAAGCGAGAUCAUCAACAAUUCAUCGUCUACCUUGAAGGAAUCUCGCAAAAUGAUCAGAGAAUAAUCGAUGCCCUUCGUGCUAGCAACUUACGUCUAGAAGAAACCUUGACGGCUUUGUUGAAGCAUAUCCAGAGCCGAUCAAACGCUGGCAAUGACGAACAACCUUCUGAGCGAUUUAUUCGCCGGGCAGUAGAUGUCUUGAAGAAGGUUUCUAUUGGGUUCGUAAGAGAUGAUAUCGCCCCUUGGGAAAUCACGAGCCUGGAGGUGGAAUAUGAAGCUGUGGAAGAUGCUUGUAUUGGAGUUGGAGGAUUCGGAAAAGUUUUUCGUGGUUAUUGGCACGGCGAAGUUGUAGCGGUUAAGGAAAUGCAUGAAACACUAGCUAUGGAUGUUCGAAACGAUAGACAUUUCAAGGUUGAAACCGACGCUCACCCUCUCACAAAAUAUGCAAACAUCUUGAUUGGAGAUGAUGAGAAAGCCAUGAUAUGCGAUUUUGGUCUUUCACAAUUGAAGGACCAAGUGGUGUCGACUCAGUCAAAUUCCCGAAUCAUUCAGGGUACUCCUAAUUAUAUGGCCCCAGAAUAUCUUGAAGGGGACCCAAUCGAUUACCCAGUCGACGUGUAUAGCUUUGGGAUGACGGCUUGGCAAAUACACACCGGUUUGAUACCAUUCAACGAUGUUCCUCGCAGGUCCUUUUAUCGUUGGGUAAUUGACAAGAAGAACAGACCAAACUACCCAGAUUCAAUGAAUAAAACAUUAUGGACCCUUCUACAGGAAUGCUGGCAGCACGACCCUGUUCGAAGACCGACAUUUACCGGAGUUGAGGCGACUCUCAAAUCUUUAACCAAGUCAAGUAGUCGUCGGCUUAGCAUGGGUUCAAGCCAGAUGCUCAUGUUGCCGCAGCUUCCAAGCCCUCCUGUCUCGCCAACUGGGUCAUCUGGCUAUCGAAGAUACCUUACUCUGCUACCCAAACUGGUUAAAGCGCCCUACCGGUUUAUCAGCCUUACAAAAGUUACAACUCUAGAGCCGGGCAACGCCCUGAUUACGUUUUUAAAGAUAGGGUUAAAAGUUCUGUCAAGGGGUUUAAACGUAGCCUUUUAUUGUGGAUUGACAAUAUCCCCUCUCUUCGAGGCGCCGACAUUCUAA